GUAGCUUUCUGUCUGAACCUGGCCAAGAACAUAGAACUUCUAUAUACCUCUUCUCUUUUCUGUCUCAACUUUCAUUUCUCUCUUACAUAAUUUUUUUUUCUAGGGAGCAAAAACCUAAAGGGCUAGGAGAGAAAAUAUUGUCCUCUUCUUUUUUUCCCUCUCUUAGAGUUAGCUCUGUUUUGUAACUGGUGAAGCGGAAAACAGAUAUAUAGCUAAGAUCUCCUCAUCAUUCAGAGGCUUCUAAAUUGGUUUGACAUGGAACAACUGUUUCCUGGUUGGAAUUUGGAAGAUAAUUUCCACGUGUCCACUAGUAAAAGAUCAAUCAGACCAGAAGAUGAACUAGUGGAGCUAUUUUGGAGAGAUGGUCAAGUGGUUUUACAAAGCCAAGUUCGUAGAGAACCAUCAGUCCAAGUCCAAAACCACAAACAUGAUCAAGCCCUACGAGAACCAAACAACACUUUUCUUGUCAACCAAGAAACAGUACAGAAACAUAAUAACACUCUUCAAGAAGAUCAAGAAACCGUCUCUUGGAUCCAAUACCCUUCUGAAGACGUAAUUGACCCCUUUGAAUCCGAGUUCUCCUCCCAUUUCUUCUCUUCUAUCGAUCACCUAGAUGGUCCGGAUCAUCCCGAGAAGCCACAAACGAUAGAAGAUGCUAUCAAGCACGAGGCUCAAACCAUGGCUCCUCCUAAGUUUAGAUCCUCGGUUGUAACCAUUGGACCAAGCCAUUGUGGGAGCAGCCAGUCUACAAAUGAUCAUCAGGUGACUCAUCCUCAGGUUCCUAUGAGUGAUAGAAGCAAGAACGCAAAAGAAAGACUUGACACUUCGUCUGGUGGCUUGUCCGGUUGCAGCAAAGAAAAUGAGAGUGGAAGAAACGUAACCAUUAGCCGUAAAAGAAAACAUGUAAUGGACACUGAUCAAGAAUCUGUGUCUCAAUCUGAUGUAAGUCUUAUGUCAACCGAUGAUCAAGUUAUGGGUAACAAAUCUAGCCAACGGUCAGGAUCCACCCGAAGAAGUCGUGCAGCUGAAGUUCAUAAUCUCUCAGAAAGGAGGAGAGAUAGGAUCAAUGAGAGAAUGAAAGCUCUUCAAGAACUUAUACCUCAUUGCAAUAGAACUGAUAAAGCGUCUAUUUUGGAUGAAGCCAUAGACUACUUGAAAUCACUUCAAAUGCAACUCCAGGUGAUGUGGAUGGGAAGAGGAAUGGCUGCAGCAGCAGCGAUUCCGAUGAUGUUUCCAGGUGUACAAUCAUCUCAAUACAUUAAUCAAAUGGCUAUGCAGAGUCAGAUGCUACAACCUCAGUUUCCAGUUAUGAACCGGUCUGUUGCACAGAACCAUCCCGGUUUAGUAUGUCAAAACCCGGUUAUGCAGUUGCAGAUGCAAGCACAGAACCAUAUCUUAUCGGAGCAGCUUGCGAGGUACAUGGGUGGAUUUCCACCGAUGCCGGCGACUACUCAGGUGCAACAACAACCUACGGACAUGUUGAGAUUUGGGUCUCCGGCGGGAAAACAAAGUCAACUGUCGGCGCCGGUUACCACGAGUGUCUUCAUACCAAAACAAGCUGACGUGGGAAAUUAUCUAUUCUAUUAAUUCUUUAAACAUGUCCAAUUGAUAUACGAUUAUGUCCACUUUUUAAUUUUUAUAACUGCCACUAAAUACAUCUUUAAUAUACAUUUUUGUAUUAAUAUAACUGUCAAAUCACGUAACUAGCUAUUAAUCACGUAACAGCCCAAAAGGGCGCAUGAUUUAAUAUGAUUUGAUAUCGUAUUUUUUGUGAA